AUGUGCCCGGAUAAUCAAUACUAUUAUAAGAAAUAUGAAAUUUGUCUUGAUGAAACUAAAAGUAUUUGCAAGAGCGGCGAAACGAAGCCCGACAUUUUCGACAAUCGGCAAUAUUAUCUUUGUGUCAACGGUCGAUUCGUUUUAAGGAGUUGUGGAAGAGAUAGAAUCUACGAAAAUAGAAAAUGUACUUGGAUUGGGCCAACUAGCACUCUCCCAACCACAACAAAAGCAACGACUACAAUCUAUAAUGAGAACUGUGAGAGUGGUUAUUCACCGGAUCCCUACGACUGUCAUUUCUUUAGACAGUGCGAAAAUGGAGUGUGGAAAUCAAUGCAGUGCGCCCCAGGAACAAUUUGGAAUCAAGCUAUUCUGGCUUGUGAUCAUUAUUCCCCAUCACUAUGUCAAAAAACCGAAGGAAGUCCUCCUGCCCCACCACCUUCACCAAUUGAAGUUUAA